AACAUUCGCUCUGUUUUCGCUUCCAAAUAAACAAACAAAUAAAUCUAAUUCUUUCGCACUCUCUCUCUUUGCUUGCUGGUGGUGCAAAUGUAGGUUAAGCUUAAAAGAACUGAUCGGAGAUUAACAACAAUGGCUAAAUGUCACCGGAAUAACAUCGGAUCUCUCAUUCUUGACCGUGCUCCUUCCACUUCUUCUUCUUCUACUUCCGGCAACCAUUUCCGUCUCUGGAGCACCUUCUCUAGAUCCACAUUCCGCAGAAAGAUCGUCGACGCCGUUAGUUGUGGCGGUAGCUCACGUUACCGUCACGAGCUCCGGGAAGAGGACGAUGAAGGAAGUUACGUGACGGUGACGGCGAAGUCAACAGUCGCAUCGAAGGAUGCGAAAGCCAACACGAUCGGCGCGGCGUUGAACGGCGUAGCGUUCGAGGAGAAAUCGAAGAAAUCAGAGAAGCUCUGUGAUCUGUUGAAUCUAGCUGAGGUUGAAGCUGAUGUUGAGACGAAGAAGAAAGAAGAAGCUCUUGAGGUGUUGAAGCGCGUGGUCAGAGAGUUACAAUCAGCUGCGGCGGCGCGUGGUGAUAACGAUGACGUCGAAGACUAUCGGAAGAAAUUAACGGCGGCGAGUGAGGUACGGUUGUUGGCUAAGGAAGACUCGGAGGCGAGAGUGACGUUGGCGAUGCUCGGUGCGAUUCCGCCGUUAGUUAGUAUGAUCGACGACUCGAGAAUCGUAGAUGCUCAGAUCGAUUCGCUUUAUGCUCUGCUCAAUCUUGGGAUUGGUAACGACACGAACAAAGCAGCCAUUGUUAAAGCAGGUGCUGUUCACAAAAUGCUGAAGCUAAUUGAGUCUCCAAACGCUCCUGAUCAAGAAAUUGCAGAGGCUGUGGUUGCCAAUUUUCUUGGAUUAAGCGCUUUAGAUUCAAACAAACCGAUCAUUGGUUCUUCGGGAGCGAUAAUCUUCCUGGUGAAAACUCUUCAGAAUUUGGAUGAAACAAGCAGCUCACAAGCGAGAGAAGACGCCUUGAGAGCUCUCUACAAUCUGUCAAUCUAUCAACCAAAUGUUUCAUUCAUACUUGAAACGGAUUUGAUCACGUAUCUCUUGAACACAUUGGGAGAUAUGGAGGUGAGUGAGAGGAUUCUCGCUAUCUUGAGCAAUCUAGUGGCUGUCCCAGAAGGAAGAAAAGCAAUCAGUUUAGUGUGUGACGCAUUCCCGGUUUUAGUCGAUGUACUGAACUGGACCGAUUCUCCCGGAUGCCAAGAAAAGGCGACUUACAUUCUAAUGUUGAUGGCUCACAAGGGAUACGGAGAUCGACAAGCAAUGAUUGAGGCGGGAAUCGAAUCAGCGUUGCUUGAAUUAACCCUUUUAGGAAGUGCAUUGGCACAAAAGAGAGCCUCGAGGAUAUUAGAGUGUCUUAGAGUAGACAAAGGGAAGCAAGUCUUGGAUAGUACCGGAUCAUGCGGAGCCUUAUCCGCACCGAUCUAUGGGACCAGAGACAACGGUUUGGACCACGAGGAAAACGAUUUGAUGAUGAGCGAAGAGAGGAAAGCCGUGAAGCAAUUAGUGCAACAGAGUUUACAGAGCAAUAUGAAGAGAAUCGUGAAGAGAGCUAAUUUGCCACAAGACUUUGUUCCUUCAGAGCAUUUCAAGUCACUAAGUUUGAGCUCCACUUCAAAGAGCCUACCCUUUUGAAAAAUGUGUCAUCAUGAUUCAUGAAGCAUUUCUACAAAAAUAAUAGAGAGAAAGACACAUAUGAGCUGAUUUAACAAGAGGAGCUAAAAACAAGAAGAGUGUUGUUGCUUCGGUAGAUCUCAUCAGCUUCUGAGGUAUGCGACAAAUUUGCUCAGACACAAUCUAAUAUAAUGCAUAGUACUCAAGGUACGGUGUGUCGUUGUGUUGUAGUUCAUGUGGAGUUACCUUUUUUUUUGGUUGAGUUAUUGGUUUUGUUAAAAGUAAAAAAGGCAAUUGGUCUACUAGGCUUAGUGUGAAAAGUAUGUUAUAAAGUUAUGGACUUUGUUAGCUUUUACUUUUACCAAUUUUAUCAGCUUUUUAACUAUUAUUAUAUGGUGUAAAUAUCUUUUUCCUCGCUUUAUUGAGUCAUCCUUAAAAAAACUUGAGUAGGUUUAUAUUUUUCUCUUUUGUUAAAAGAGUAAUGCUUAUCAAUUUAUCAUCGAUGUGUACAUUGUAAAAACCC